CUUCUAUUGUCAAUAUUCCCCUCUUAGCAUGGACAACUCUAUUCAUUGUUAUUUCGACUCUUCGUUUCAAUUGCAAGUACUUUCUCGACCUCAAAUUCAAGAAACCCACAACGCCACUUUCUAUCUCAAGCUCUAUACAUCUAUCUCGAUCUCAUCUCAGCUCUAUACUCUUAAUAUCUAAUCUACCAUCGUCCGGUCUUCAAGCCUUCGCAUCGUUCUCCUCGCUUGCCAUUUCACUUCGACUCUACAUCUCUCGCCUAAUCGCCUCGCUAUUUCCAUACACGAAACUUCCAUACACGAGAAUGCUCCGGCUUUAUUAUUCUGCUUUAUCUCGAUCUCUUCUCGGCUCUUGGUUUUAUUCAUCUCUAUCUCUAUCUCUAUCUCUAUCUCUAUCUCUAUCUCUCUGCCUCGCUCACCUAAUACUGCAUCGUCGAAUCACAAAGCAUGCGAGGCCGUUCAUCGCUCGCCGCCAUUCGACUUCGCCUUCACCCUCGCGUUUAUGUUCUCCUCUCUCGCUAUUUCUUGCAAAUUUGGAACGGCCAACGAACUCAUAUGGAUACGGAUCUACGGACACACUUAUACUUCUCUGGAACUUCUUCCUCGACCCAAGACUUACUCGCUACCACGACUCGGUUCUACAUUCUCUGGCUCUGAUCUUUUCUCCUUGCUCAUGGCCACCAACCGUGAUUCUACCAUGCUACUGGCUUCUGCUUGCCCGUGCUCUUCCGGCAUCUCUCUUGACGGUGAAAAUAUUUCAAGCGGCUGUUGUCUUAGUCUGGCUGUUCAUUCCAGACUUUCCAACACGUCCAUCCACUGUCGCACUCCCCCUUCCCCCUUCACUUCCCUUUUUUAUUUCAAAGUCCUCCUCAUGGACGAUGAACCCCACAUAAGACUUCGUUUCUGCUCGACGAGCCUCCUCCCAGGGCCUCCAGGACACCACGAGAACUCAGGACCUUCGUCAACCCCAGUCCUACCUCUCACCCGUUCGUAGCACAGACUCGAAGUCUUCUUCCCUUUUUCAUUCCCCCUUUCAAAGUCCUCUCCCGGGACGAUAACAUCCUCCGCAUUCGGGACCUAGCGGCAACCAGAAUCUUAAUACGCGAGAACGUGUAAACACAAGGCGACUUCUCGUCGAUGAGCCUGGACCUGGACUUUUGUUCGGGUCACAGUUGCUCGCGAUGGGUUUGCGCUUGCUGAGGAGCCUGGAUCUAGCUUUUUGUUUGGAUCACAGUUGCUCGCGGCAAGUUGCACUAGUACUUUUGUGUUUAUUUCCAAGUGCCGCCCUGCUAGUAAGAGGGUGGCCCACGUUCUCUUUCGGGAUUUUGGUUGCGGUAUAGCGUGUAUGUUACAUGCAUGAGUGUUUCAGAGAUAUGCUAGAUUAGUGUAGGUUAGUCGUAGGUUAAUAGUAGAGUAGUUGAUCGAGUGGAGGUUAUGAACGACGGACUAGUGACGAUGUCCGUGGGUGGAGAGUCGAGUAGUGAACGCGGCGUAGUUGCGAGUUGAUGUUCAAGUUCCAUACCAGUGUCUUAUGUGUCCGUAUCCCUAAUUCAUAUCGAGUUUUUUCACCGU